AUGGGCUUUCGAGAUUGGACAAAAAUGGAAUUUAUGAAAGGCGAUAUCAAUGAGUUUAUAGACACUAUCGCAGGUUAUAAGUCAACAAUCUCAGUCGGCCUAGGCACUAUUACUAUGCAUACCUCCAAAGUUUCCCACCGAGUGCUUCAAGAAUAUAAUGAAAUGAUCCAGGACACAGCAUACAAUCUUGAGGUCCACUUACAGCGAAUCGAUGAGAAAAUGGCGCAAUUUACUUCCCAAAACGCUUACACCUCAGACAUAGCCAUAGACCUGAAAGACGAAAGAGAAGUGACCAAACAAUGCCUUCGUGUCUGUGAUGACGCGAGGUCUUACAUCGAGUCCUUGGCAAACCGAGAAUCUUCUCUACUGCAAGAGGUACCUCAAAACGCUUCUGACAAUGAUAUCCACAAUUACUUCGAAGCGCAACUGCUCACACGCCGAGCUCUGAAUGACAAUCGAGAUAGCUUCGAAGAGGUCACCGGCCGCCUUCGGGAACGUCUAGAGUCGCUGAUCCGGAAUGGAGACUCUGGAAAGGACAAUGAGAGAUUGCGAUUACAGGAAGAUAUCAAUAUUUCAAAGCAGUGCCUAGAGGUGUGCAAGGUGGCUAGCGAAGUUUCACGUCAGAAAAUAUAUAGAAUUGGGGAGGUCAUUGCCGAUGGGGACAGUGAUCAAGUAGUGGUGACUACUUUAGCGGACCUAUUUGAUAUUAAAAGAGCACUGUCUAAAGGCAAUUCAGCGCAAUUGGUCGGCUCAAUGACGGAAGAAGCUCUUCGGCAUCUCGCCGACAGGCGCUAUAGCAGUCGUUUUGGAGCUGUAACCGGUGACUCUGAUCCUGCCGAAAUCGACACCACCAGCUCGCCUUCGUUGCUCGAGACUCGGCGGAGUAAAUAUGUUGUCCGAGCGCAAACCGAUGGUGAAGAGCAGCCUCCUGUACCGAAAACGAGACGUAAGAUGCCGUCUCCCAACGAGGUGAGAAAACGGGCGGUGGGUGAUGCAACGGACUAA